UCUGUGCUGAAGUUUUGUUCUAGUAAAAAUAAUAAAAAAUUGUAUAAUUCUAUUUUAUUCAAAACUAUUCAGAAAUGAAUAGAAGUUUUCAUUUCUUCAGGAAAUAUUUCCGCCCAAACAGGCAGGUUAGAAAUUUCUCUAGUAAAAUUGAAAUAAACGAAAAUGAACCAGUGAAAUUUACAACAAGUGCUGCAGCAAGGAAAACGGCAACACCUGUCUUUAAAAGAACUAACAUUAAUAUACCAUGGUACCAACCAUACAGUGUUGUGGGCAGUCUUGCAGUAUUCCUCAUAUACUUUUGUGUUUUAAGAGAAGAGAGUGAUAUAGAUAAAGAAUUUGACAAGACUCUUUAUGAUAGGAUUAAAGGUCUGGAGAAAGAACAACUAAUUCAAUCAUAUAAAUUUAAUAAAGAACAUGGCAAAAGUGUUGAAGACAUUGAGAAACGACUUAAGGAAUUGGAUGAGAUAGAGGCAAAAGCUUAGAAUAAGAUAGUAUUAUGUUGUACAGUAACUGUAGAUUGUUAAUAAUAAUAUAAAUUAUUUGUUGUUUAUUUUAUUUCAUUUAACAUUUGUGCCCUGUAAACAUAAAAAAUACAUUUGUAUAAUAACAAAAACUAGGCAUUUUUACAAUGCAGUACAUAAGAUUAUUUUAUCCUAAAAUAAACUUGGGAAAUUAAUUAGGAAAGGAUAAUAGACACAAAUGAAAAAAAUAUGGAUUUGGGGCUGUGUUCCAAAGGGUUAUCAGUUUUUACUUACAAUCACUGU